UAAAGGUCAUUCCCUGCGGACGCAGGAGCAUCUAUGGCUUCCUUUCCAACGCUCACUUUGUAAUUUGCUCAUCGAGAUAUCUCACUCCACAUCCCCGGUACUCGACAGUUGCUCUGCUUCUCGGCAGACGGCUUGGCGCUGCCAAGAGCUGUGCGGACUCUGUAAGCGGCGCGCGAUAGCACAGUCUCUGGGAUAAACACUCGCGGACAAAAGGAACAGCAAGGACGUGCACUGACGAUGGCGGAAGCAUUACGAAGAGGGUGGGCGGAUUCCAGAGUAUACACCGUGGCCGUGCAGGUGACUACAGUAAGGCAGGUCCUUGUUGUGCAACAAGACACCGGAAACUGCUGUGAAGUGUGGAAGUCGAAUUGGCGGCGUUUUCUAGUGGUAUCAUUAGUGGCUUUUGUGAUCCUCAUCCCCAUGAUCACUGUUGGAUCCCUCUACAUCUAUGAAUGUCCUGCACAUUGGAUUAUUCCUAUUUUCCUUGUUGCGUCAGGAUCAUCUGCUCUACUGCUGCUUCUAUUCAUCUGGUGCUUCCCAGGAGUGACCCAUCCUUGCUUCAUGGCCCUGUUCAGUUUUAUCUUGUACUUGUUCUUGGGGACCAACAUCGCAAGUCCACACAGCUCUGAUGGCGCAUCUGGUAGCAGCAUUGUGAACCCUUACAAAUGUGUUGUCUGUCCUGAUAGCUUCGUUUCCACAACAGAGAUCAUCAAGCACUUGCGUGGACAUGAUGAGAAGCCCGAGGAUCCUCGUGUGUUAUUGGAAGCCGAGCUUUCUGAUGGGAGGUACCAGUGCAAGAUCUGUAAGCACAUAAGCAAAACGAAACACGAUUUUGCUGUCCAUUUCAACUCCCACACCAAAGCAAGAAAAUUUCAAUGCCCCAGGUGCCCUGUAAUGCUAAAGUCUUCAGUUACUUUCUUUGAACACUUGGAGCAGCACCGACAAAACCGUGGGGGACAUAGCUGCACUGUUUGCGGUAAGCAGUUUGUUUCAGAAAAGAGGGCUAAAGCUCACAAAAGGCUGGCACAUUCUGGAAGAAGUCGUGAACGUUGUGAGGUCUGUUUCAAGAGUAUCUCGGCUGCCUUUAUACGCAACCAUUACUACACGCACACCAGAGAACGAGAGUACCAAUGUACAGUGUGCCAGAAAGCAUAUCCUGGCAGGACCAAUGCAGUCACACAUGUGAAGAGGGUGCAUUGUGACCUGGGAACACCCGGGUGCUUUGUACGUAUGGUGAGGAAGCUGUGAAAGAGAGUAAAAUUCAGACGCAGACGUGGCCCAUGUGCUGAAAAAAAGGAAUGUGGAAGCAAUGUGUGAGGAAGUGCAGAAACGAAUGAGAAAGUGCAAAGACGAUUUGUUCGAAUACAUUAUAGGUACAGCUCGCCUCAGGGUUAGCUUGAACGCCAUCGCGGGCUGCAGACUCUGGUGGUGCUUAGUAGAAGUAAUGGUGGUGGUGGGGGGGUGACCCUUAUUACGACGGUGCCGCCAGGGGAGCUCUCUUGCCGCUUAGCAGGCUGGAGCGAUGUUCAACUUAACUUUGACACGAGUCGUACAUUUACAGUAGUGUGUUCUAUGACUAUGGAAUUUUAAAUAUGAGUAUGCUGUACUCGAGCAAGGGCGUCUCACGAUGUUCCAUUCAUGGUAUGUUCAUGGUACGAUAUGUGGUUCAUGGUUUCAUGGCACGUGUGUUAUUUCAUGGUAUGUUAAACUGUAUAGAGUUGUCAGUAUCUAUUGUAUCCUGUGUCCCUUUCAAAUCAUUUCAUAAUUCUUCCCUAUUUCAUGUCGAAAGUUCGUUCACACCUCUCUCCUAUCUGGCGAAUUAUGGUCACAAAGUUUGCAGUGAUGUGCAAUAACUACUCUCAUAGUUAAACUACAACUACCAACUUCUUGUUUAAAAAGUAAUUGCAACUACUAACCCACCAAUGUUUAGAUGAAGUAGUUAAAAACUACAACAAAGUAGUUUAAAGUACUUUUCCAACUGUAUUUGCACAACAUAGCCUAAUAGACUUGCACUGAAUUUAUGUCUGGCUGAAUGUCUUGCUGAUGAUAUCUUUCAUCCCACUGUAGAGCUUGCCUCAGCCCUCUCCUCAAUUUUUUCAGAAGUCAUUAACGUUAAUUCAUUACUUGACCCAAUCUACGAACAUUUAUAAUGGAGGUUAUUCAUGUACCUUUCGUCAAAUAUUUUACUAGAUUGUACGGUAUUCAUGAUAGAGGUUCCAAAACUGUGACAAACCCACAUAGUGCUUCUCGCAUCAAGCGGAUUAACUUUGACUUGACGUCUUUUUUCGUAUGGUUUCUAAAGAGUACCUAUUGAGACAUAUUAAAGUGAUUAAUAGAAACUAGCUAUUAAUGGGGUUUAGUAGAAAAAGUACUCUAAAAAAAUGCAUGAUGCAGGAAGUUGUCAAAACCAAGCUCGAGAAUGUGAUGCGAGGUAUUUAAAAGAAUAACAAAUGAAUGAAAAACAGUAUGAUGCCACGCUUCGAAGCUAUUAUCAUGAAUACCGAUAAAGUACCCCCAUUAAUUGUACUAUAUGGGUCCUGUGUUUAUGCACUUAAGAAAACAUUGCCUUAUUAUAACUGUUUGGAGUACUCUAUAGCUAAAUGCAGAUGUGAAACCAUUGUACAGUUACAAUAAAAAUACAGAUUCUGUUGUAUAUACAAACACACAGAUAUCAAGUCUUUCCAGAGUAAGGAUAAUGAUCAUUUUCAAACAGGACAACGGUAAUCUCAAAUCACCAAACAGUAGAGACUUCUGUGAAAGUUCACUCUACUGAACAUUCUUUCCCAUCAAUAGUGCCUUUGCUGAAGGAGUACAGCAUGGAGGCAUACCGUAGUUAAGUACAGUAAGUUAAGUUAGUUUUGAAUUACUUUUUGUCAAGUAGUUGCAAUUACUGGUCAACUAGCAGUUCAACUAUAUGUAGUCAAACUACUGCCCAUCACUGGCUUGAUGAUUCAGAGUUUAAUGGUGCAGCAGCAAUUAUGGUCACACUGAGACACUUGUCAGCUGUUGAUAUUUUAAAUUAUGACAUAUAUUUGUAGGUUUCAUAACGUUGUUAUGUAUAAUCGUUCCACUUGAUUGUUUGUAAUUGUUUUCUUAUUUUUGUUAUCAUUUUUCAUCAUUUUUGUUUUGUCAUUAUCUGUGCUUUUUCGAGACACCAUUAUAAAUGCUCUACUGUUUAUGGCCUCUAAAAAUAAAUACCGGAAUCUUUGCACCGGCA